CAGCCGCCGACGAGAUCGAGUUCCUCCAGGUCCCAGCGGUGGGCGCUGCGCCGCGAGUCUCGCCUCUGCACUCUUCCCGCUCCGUGUCUCUCCCGCCGUCGCACCGCGUGUCGGCGACUGUGGUGCGCAACGAUAAUAAGGAAGCCGCUACCCUCGAGCCAUUGGACCCUCCCAGACGAACCUCACUUGCCCGCCCUUCACCGCGGCCUUUACCAGCAAACACCCCUCACUAUCCUUUGCCACAGAGCGCUCGAGCACAAGGCUGCUCCAUGAAUUCCCCCAGCAAGAAGUGGUAGCACCCACCGCCCGCCCAACCGCAGCCCGCGCACCCUCUGCGGGACCCGCCAUGGCGUCGUCGAGCCUGCAGCAGAUGGCCCCGACGCUCAUCACGCGCUCCAAAACACUCCUGAAUAAGGACUUGCAGAAGAUAUGCAGGGCAGAAGGCGUAGCCACCAGCGGCGUCAAGAGCCAGCUGCAGUCGAGAGUGACGGACUUGAUAAACAAGUCUGUCGUCAACAACGACCACGCUCUCUUCAACCGCCUGCAACACCACAUCUCCAACGGCCCCGGCGCGCCUGCCGCGGAUUACGGCAGCUAUCCGCCGCGCAGUGCGACCGCAUCUUCUCCCAGCAUGCCCAGCGGACGCGGCAGCAUGGCCAAUGGCUACCAGCCGCCGCCCUAUCCCAACUAUCAGACGCCCGCGACACAAGCGCGUCCAAAUUACUUCUUCAAGGAGAGCCCGUUCUUCGAGAUCCGAGAGAUGCUGCUGAAUAACAUUACGCUCGACACCUCUCCCAGCCACCGCCAGAGUGUCAACAAGAAUCUGAUGCUGAACGACUCUCAAAGUGCUCGCUUGCGUUCGGACCCAACACUGCGCGUCUUGCUCUUUUGCGCCGUGGAACAGCCGCUGGCUCCUUUCACGCGCCUGGACAUUGCCUUCCCCAGCCAGAUAGAAGUGCGCGUAAACAUGGACGAAGUGAAGGCCAACUACAAAGGUUUGAAGAACAAACCAGGCUCAACUAGGCCAGCUGACAUCACUGCUUUUCUUCGCACCACUCCUGCAAACUACCGCAACUCGAUCGGAAUCACCUAUGCGUUGACGCACAAGAAAUACAAUGUCUUCAUUUACCUGGUGCGCAAACACUCAAUAGAGGAGCUCGUCAAACGCAUAAAGGACCGGAGUGUCAUUACCAAAGAGUCGGUUCUACGUGAGAUGAGGAAGAAAGCAGAAGACCCCGACAUCGAAGUUGGAGACAGCGUUAUGUCGCUAAAGGACCCCAUCUCGACUUUGAAGAUUAACACACCCUGCCGCUCCACCCUGUGCACACACAACCGAUGCUUCGAUGGCGAGUCUUUCCUUCAACUACAAGAACAAGCGCCAACUUGGACCUGUCCAAUCUGUAACAAGAUCAUCUCGUUCGAAGCCUUGGCUGUCGAUGAAUACGUGCAGGAUAUCCUCAAGAAUGUCCCCCGGAAUACGGACCAGGUGAAGGUCAAGGCUGACGGCCAGUGGGUAAACGAAAAAGAACCUUCAGCACCGAAGCGCCAAAGCAAUGGCAACGGAUAUGGCUUCGGCUUUGACGACGACGAUGAUGAUGAUAGCGAAGAAGGAUUGGUAGAGUUACCGGACUACCGCGUUGCAGCCAUCAAGAGUGAGGCCGUCCCAACACCGCAAUCUCUUCCAAGCAUCCGGACACCGCCAGCGCCAUCGAGAGAAGCAUCUUCAGCACCAAGGACGGGGAGUAAGCGCGGUUCUGAAGUUAUUGACUUGACUCUGUCGGACGACGAUGAGCCACGGCCAAAAAAGGUAGCGUACAGCACUCCCAAUAGCGUGCCAGAUCGGAUGCGUCAAUAUCAGAUGCAUUCCUACACUGUGCCCCAGCGAGAGAGUGUACGAAUGGACCCUCCCCUUGCGUACAGUCGUCAUUCAUUCAGUGGCUACCGCGACCCACAAUCCCACUCUCCACAGACGAGCUAUUCCGGCCAAGGAACCUCGGCCUACCCCGCGUAUAUAGAUAGCUCGCCGUGAGAUCUUGUACUUCCUCUAUCCUGUUAUUUCCACUGUAUGUUUAUGGACCUGCUAACACCACUAUGGGUGCGCAGAGAAGAGCCACUAGACCCAGCUACGCCUUACCGAAUCGAGCGAGGCAAUCCGGCACUUGAGUCGAUGCGCCGAUUGUUUGGCUUCGGUCGUUUCUAACUACUACUUCCCUUGUCUAUUUGACCUUAUCAAAUAUUUGGCGCACGGCGUAUUAGGAGGCUUGCAUGAGGCAGCCGAUGCCUGAAUCGACUUUGGUUGGGAUUCACGUUAUGAUCAGAGCGGAGAACAGCGGACGGGAGCAACGGCUAAAUGGCGUACGAUACGGACAGAGAGGAAUACCUUGGGCGUAGUAUCUGCUGCAUUUUUUUUUAUUUCUAUUCCAGCAUGGAAUGUGCACGGCCGAGGAGGUGGAAAUGAUGUCGCUAUCACCGCCCAAUGGAAG